AUGUCCAAAUCACGUCAUAGAAACAGAGGUAGAGAUGUGGCGGACGGUGGGUUGCAGAGGAUAUCGUAUAAAUUUUCGAGCUGUGAAGUGGAACAAAUAAUUCGGUGCGAGAGCGUGGAAAAAGUAGGCGGUUCAGUGAAAUCCCUCAAGACGUCGGACAAUGAUGUUGUCAGUACUGACCACAGUGAAGCUAUAGGCAAUAAUUCGACAGUGUUAAGCAUGGAAAACGACGGGGACGACCCCCCUGACGUCAGUGAUGCUAGGCUUCUACCUCCGGACCGACCUGAUCUCGCUGACCUGAGUCGACAGAACGGGAAAACCUCUGGUCAGGUAAAGAGGGUGAAAACCUGGCCACCUGGCUAUACCAGGCUGGACCUCGCCUUCUCCAUCAUAUCCGUGUUGAUGUUCUUUGUAGACCUCGGCACGGACGUCGCCCUGGUAGUGAGGUAUCAUGUCACUAACCAAUAUGUACUAAGGAAUUUGACACUAGGGUUUAUCCUAGUUCCAGCCCUUGUUUCAGGUACCGUGUCCAUAGUGUGGAGCUACAUAGACUACAGCAAUCAUACACGUCAUAACAGGAGCAAGUGGCCCAUGAUCAUCCGCUGUGUGUUUACUUUCCUUCAAUUAGGCAGAAUGUACAGGAUGAUGGAGUUUGUGUACCACAUGUUUCAAACCUGGAAGGAAAAAGACAAAGAGAAAGUGAAAGAAAUUUCUCACAAAGCCAUAGAACAGAAGAGAGAUGCUGCCAUUCUAGGACUAGUGGAUGGCUUUCUGGAGUCAACUUUACAGUUACUAUUGCAACUCUACCUUGUGAUACGUACUUAUGUGGCCCUAGAUGAACUUCGAGUGCUGGCAUUGCUUUCAUCAUGGUUCUCAACAGCUCUCACUGUGACAUCUUAUUACCGAACUGUGAGGCGUGCCAUGUCUGAUCGACGAAAUGUCCGAUAUGGUCCGUCUGCUCUCUACAUGACCUAUCGACUGUUUGAGCUAGGCCCGAGAUUCCUGUUACUGGGUUUGUGUGUUGCUCACUUCCUUUACAUGCUGAUUGGAGGAGCUGCUUUUCAUGUGAGCCUUGCAUUUAUUAUGUACAUGUGCAUCAACCCACGACUGACGGGUGUGUGUAAUGAACAGAUCAGCCGCUCUUCUUUCCUCCUGUUGGUCAGCUUCAUCAGUGUGUUUUGUUUUAUAAAUCUGAAGGACGGGAAGACUUUGUGGGUUAUGGUUGUCUAUUACGGAGUUUUCUAUCUGGAGAACUUUAUAAUGUUGGGUGUGGUGGUCGGUUUUACCCGGGCAGGGAUCAUCGUAUACACCCCCUGGUACUACACAGCUUACUCUGUUAUCCCAGGUUUUGUUCUUCACAUGUUAUGUCUGCUACUUUACUACAAGUUCUAUCACCCACAGAAAACAAUUCCUAAGGUGCCGUGUCCACUGCAGCUGCCGGAAUCUCCCGGGAAUACCAUUUCUCCAGAGGAUACAUUGGGAGGAGACGAUACAGAAUCUUACAUUGAGAAACAGACAUCUGAUGUGUCCUGUAAUAGCCUAGAGAGACAAGAUGUACACACACAGGAUACCUGUCUGAAUCAGAAAGUCAGUGAUGAACUUUCUUCUCAAAAAUCAUUCACAGAAAAUUUACAUGGAAACCAUCAAAUUGAGGAUGACCUCUCAGAAAAAAGACUUUGUGAUCAUGAGAAGUAUUCUCCUCAACCUGAUCAGAUUAAUGAACAAAAAAUAUGAAAAGAGAAAUAUUCAUCACAAGAACUGUUGAAGCAAAAUUCGUCAUCACAGGAAAUGUUGGACAAUAAUUCAUCAUCACAGGAAAUGUUUAAGGAAAAUUCUUCAUCACUGGAACUAUGUAAAGAGAAAUCUUCAUCACAAGAAAUGUGAAAAUUAUUCAUCACCAGAAAUGUUUAAGGAAAAUUCUUCUUCACCGGAAAUAUUUAAAGAAAAAUCUUCAUCACAGGAAAUAUUUAAAGAGAAAUAUUCAUCACAAGAAAUGUGAAAAUCAUUCAUUGUCAAAAUGUCUUAGGAACAUUAUUCAUCACAGGAAAUGUUACAAGGAAACUCAUCAGUGGAGUUGGUGAAGAUCAAUCUCCAAGAAAGAACUAAAUAAAUAGAAAUGUUCAUUACAGGAAAUAUUUAAAUAGAAAUCUUCAUGACAGGAAAUAUUUAAAUAGAAAUGUUCAUCACAGGAAAUAUUUAAAUAGAAAUCUUCAUCACAGGAUAUAUUUAAAUAGAAAUGUUCAUCACAGGAAAUAUUUAAAUAGAAAUGUUCAUCACAGGAAAUAUUUAAAUAGAAAUCUUCAUCACAGGAAAUAUUUAAAUAGAAAUCUUCAUCACAGGAAAUAUUUAAAAAGAAAUCUUCA